GCAUCUCUUUCCCAAACGCCUCUCUCUCUCUCUCUCUCUCUCUCUUUUCUGGAAGCAUCUAUUUCCCAAACGCCACUCUCUCUCUCUCUCUCUCUCUCUCUCUCAAGCAGCAUGUCUUCCUCUUCUCUCGCUAAUCCUAGUUCCAAUACAUCAGGGAUGAAAGAGACAGAGCUAAACGACCACGAGAACGUUUUACAAAAGCACGUCGAAUUCUUUGACAGAAACAAAGAUGGGAUCAUCUACCCUUGGGAGACUUUCCAAGGGUUUCGUGCCAUCGGGAGUGGUUUGCUGUUGUCUACCUUCGCUUCUCUUUUCAUUAACAUGGGUCUCAGUCGUAAGACGAAUCCGGGAAAAUGGCCAUCUCCCCUUUUCCCGAUCUACGUGAAAAAUAUCAAGCUGGCCAAGCACGGGAGCGACUCUGGAGUCUACGAUGCUGAAGGAAGGUUUGUGCCAUCCAAAUUUGAGGAAAUUUUCCACAAGCAUGCUCUUACUAAUGGUAACGCUCUUACGGCGGAAGAGUUGUCAGCGAUGCUCAAGGCGAAUCGGGAACCGAAGGACUAUAAAGGAUGGAUUGCAGCCUUAAGCGAGUGGAAAAUCCUGCUCCAUCUGUGCAAGGACAAGGAUGGGUUGCUGCACAAGGAGACUGUGAGAGCCGUCUACGACGGAAGCCUCUUCGAACGAAUGGCUAAAGAGAAAGCUUCAAGGAGUAGGACCACCUCGGAGUGAUUGAGAAUUGGACUACUUGCUGAUGAUCUUUGAUGUAUUUAGUUUAUUAAAGUUUUGGUUGUUUGUAAAAGACUUUCGAUAAAAUAUUUGUACAUAAAUUUGGAUGGUGAUGCCUUGGUAUUGAAUGGAGUGAAUGGUUAUUUCUUAUAUA